AUGGCCCAAAGCACAACCACGCAGUAUGAGACGACGGACCAGGCCGCAAUCUCGCGAAGCUCCAAGCGAUUUGUACCAAAGGACCUUUCCGGCAAGCCGAUCCCACACAGUAACAGAUGGCUUUACUCAACACCCGCCUUGGAAAAAGGACAGCUGCUGUCCUUCACCUCGGACAUCGUCCUAGUGUGCGGCUUCGUUGCCUUCAAUGCCUCAGAGUUUGGUCGCAACUUUUACGACGCCCUCGAAACCAAGUACGGCGAAUGGAACAUUAAUUUUUGGGGGACCUUUCUCAUCACCUCCGUCUUCUUCUGGGUUUGGGGAGCCGUGUUUGCGAUACCCGAUCUAACCGGCCGUCCGUCGUGGCUGUUUAAGUACAAGACGCAACCCUUCGUUCGUGUCGACCUGCGACAGUAUGCCAAUAUUGCCCUCAUCUCGCUGAGAAACCAGUUGCUGGUUGCAGGGCCUUUGGCUCUUGCCAACACCUACGUCGCCCCCCUGAAGCCUGUGAGCUCGUCGGCGUUGCCGGGCAAACUGGAAACGAUUGCGACCGUGGCAUUCGACAUCCUGUGCACCGAAGUUGGGUUUUACUACGUACACCGGUUGUUUCAUUCGAAAACACUCUACCCAUUGUUCCAUAAACAGCACCACGAGUUCACUGCGCCUGUGGGCCUCGCAUCUACGUACUGCACCAUAACGGAGCACGUCUUCUCCAACCUGCUCCCGAACACCAUCGGUAUCCUUCUGGUAAGGCACCAUUGGUCACAAGCCGUCUUCACGUUUCUAUUCCUCGAGUUUGGGACCAUUUGCGCCCACUCAGGAUACAACAUUCCCUGGCUGCACCCUAACCUGCAGCAUGACUUUCACCACUUUGCCUUUGACGAAAACUUCGGCCCCUUGGGGCUGCUUGAUCGCCUUCACUCCACGAACAAGAAGUUCCAGAGAACGCUGGCCGAGGCAAAGCAUCGAACAGGGGGAGAUGACGAGAAGGCCCGUCGUCUUGUGCUUCAGAAUCUAGCAACUCUGGAAGUUGAAGCGAAAUAA